CAGAACAUGAGAACAACAGUAUUGGACUUUCACAUUCUAGUUACAAGCUCUUUACUUACAUGACAGCAUAAAAGAAUAAUCAAUCUGACUUAAUAUUAUUUUGUCUAAUGUAUAGACUAUACUUAUAGCACUUGAUAAGCAUGCAUACUCUCUUGAGCUGAGUUCUUAGAAAAUUAAGAAUACUGUAUCUUAGCUCACACACGUGCCAUUUCUGCACAGCAUUUCUCCCAAAUGUCAUCAGUUACAUAUAUUAUUCCAAUUACUGACCUACGCUGAUGACAGAUCUCCAUCUAUUGUGAUGUCAUCCAGUACUCUAUGGUAAUCGCUCGUAUGAUAUUUUUCUGGCCACAGUUUAAAGGGCACUUCCUGUUUGCAGAGUGAAGCCUACCUCAUUAUCAAAAUAUGUAACUGAAGGGUUACAAUAUGACUUCCUAUGAAUUUAUUUGUAGAUCAUCGCCUUAAGUAGCAAUGAGUAAAUCUUCUAAAAUAUGUCGUAAGACUUCUUGUCCAAGAAGCAAUAUAUUCUGCAAUCUUGUGGACAAAAUUGUUAAAAGACCAUCCUUGCAGUUUUUGGGUCAAUGGGGAUAUCACUGUUACGAACCUCGAAUUUACAGAACACUGGCAAAAAUCCUGAGGUAUGUCGACUUGGAUGGGUUUGACAUACUGCUCACAGAUUAUAUUGCAUUUGUGGAAAAAUCAGGAUACCGUUUUGAACUAAAUUUUAAUCUUGAAUUUACUGAAAUAUGUGUGAAUACAAUUCUGUACUGGGUUUUUGCCAGAAAAGGUAAUCCUGACUUUGUCGAAUUGCUUCUCAAGAAGACAAAAGACUAUGUUCAAGACAGAAGCUGUAACCUGGCACUGAUAUGGAGGACUUUCACACCAGUGUACUGCCCCAGCCCACUCAGUGGCAUCACACCUCUACUUUAUGUAGCUCAGACAAGACAAUCCAGUAUCUUAAAAAUACUCCUGCAAUAUGGAAUCUUAGAAAGAGAAAAAAAUCCUAUCAACAUUGUGUUAACAAUACUGCUCUACCCUUCAAGAGUGAGGAUAAUGGUUGAUCAUGAACUGGUAGACAUCCAGGAAGAUGCCAAAACAUGUUUAGUGCUCUGUUCCAGAGUGCUUCCUGUCAUUUCAAUCAGGGAAAUAGAGACGCAGCUGAGUUUAGGAAGGCGUCCGAUUAUCUCAGACUGGCUGGACUACAUUCCUUCAACGAGACACCGAGACCCCUGCGAGCUGCUACACCUCUGCAGGAUGACCAUCAGGUCUCAACUGCUGGCCAACAACAUGCUCCCAAAUGGGAUAUUUUCACUUCUAAUUCCUGUUCGUCUACAGAACUACCUGAAUUUAGAAAGUUAACACACGUGUUUUUCCUGAGUUCACCAUCGUAUGUCUUAGAAGUUAAUAAAUGACUAACUUCAUGCAAAUUUUUAUUGCAUUAAAUAUUCCCUUAGGAAAUAUAUUUUCACACGACACCCUAAAUGAACCAAUUUUAAAUCAACAUAUGGCUCUGCCCAUUACCUUUCUAUACAGUGGAAGAAAUACAUGCAUUUUAUUUU